AUGCUCAGGCACUUGAUGACUGCAAUGUUCACAACUAAACUACUGUUUACACCAACAGCUAUAAUAAUGUCUGCAUUAUUGCGAGACAUCGAGACCGCGGCCAAUGAGAAGUUGGAUCAACCGCUCAGGGAUUACCUAAAUCGCGGUGCUAUGGAUGACCUGACACUGAGGGCCAAUCGGGAGGCGUUCAGUCGGCUCCGUAUCCGACCCCGAUAUAUGGUAGAUGUGUCCCAUCGAGACCUCACUGUACAAGUGUUGGGCCAUACCAUACGGGCGCCCAUAUGUGUGUCCCCUUUCGGGCUCAACACCGCUGUUCACUCUAACGCCGAGUUAGACACGGCUAAAGACCAAUUCGGGACAAUAAUGGCUGUCAGCAGUGGCUCACGGGUGACACUGGAGGACAUCGCUGGUGCCGAACCCUCACUACACAAAUGGAUGCAACUAUUCAUAUACCGAGACCGGGAGGUGACGAGAGAUCUGGCCCUUAGAGCGCAGGCCAGCGGUUAUAAAGCCCUACUACUGACCGUCGAUAUGCCAGUGUUGGGACUCCGGUAUCACAACCAGAAAAACAAUUUCACUAACGCAGACAAUAGGGUUAAUUAUGAACCCUAUGGGGCGGGAGCUAGGGUGGCCGACAACGCUACCUGGGCCGAUGUGGCCUGGCUUAAGGCACAGGUGGACAUACCGUUGGUUAUUAAGGGUAUACUAACGGCAGAGGACGCGCGGCUGGCUGUGGACAGCGGGGCCGACGCUAUACUAGUGUCCAAUCACGGCGGUCGACAGUUGGACAGCGCACCUGCCACUUUAGAGGCGUUGCCUGAGAUCGUGGCAGAGGUGGGCCGCGAGUGUGAGGUCUAUCUGGACGGCGGUGUCCGCAGCGGUGCCGAUGUGUUCAAAGCCCUGGCAUUGGGCGCGCGGGCGGUGUUUGUGGGCCGACCCGUGUGUUGGGGUCUCGUCCAUAGUGGUUCAGAGGGAGUAAAGAGUGUAUUAGAAAUAUUGUAUACAGAAUUGGAUAACAUUAUGACAAUCACUGGCUGUCCGACCGUCGCAUCCAUUACUCCAUCACAUAAUUAA